CCCGCGCCCUCACUGCAGAGCAGCUGCAGCCCCAGCCGCGGCCGCCCCUCGCUUCGCAGUGUCCGCUCCGGCCCAGGCAGCGAGUCGUCACCAUGGUGAAGAUCGUGACUGUUAAGACCCAGGCGUACCCGGACCAGAAGCCGGGCACAAGCGGACUGCGGAAGCGGGUGAAAGUGUUCCAGAGCAGCGCCAACUACGCGGAGAAUUUCAUCCAAAGUAUCAUCUCCACCGUGGAGCCGGCGCAGCGGCAGGAGGCCACCCUGGUGGUGGGCGGGGACGGCAGGGUCUACAUGAAGGACGCCAUCCAGCUCAUCGUCCGCAUCGCCGCAGCCAACGGGGUAAGGGAGCGCCCACUCCUCGGCGGCGUGCGUCCGGGGCGCGUGCGCUACGUGCGGCCCGUGUCGCCCGGCCUCGCUCAGGGUCGGGCCGCGUCCGUGCACGGCCGCUCUAGUCUCCACCCCCGCUCCUCUGCGCUCGCUCCUCCCGCUUGGAGGCCCGACGGAGGUCGCCCACACGGCGGGGGGAAGUGGCCAAGGGGUCCCAGCACUCCCGUCUGA